AUGACGGCGACGACAAGCAGCCAGCUCAAGUCCACCAAAGAGCAAGAAGAUUGGAUGGAAGCCCAGGGACCGUUCGAAGGGCCAGAAAAACUACUCGAACUGUGGUUUGCUGAGGGUCCGGAAGAGCUUUUUUGCACUUCGACCUCUUCUCAUCCGGCCAAAGCGCAGACGCAGGGACAGGGGCAACUGCGGCGCUUAGGUUUGAAAGGCGUGCCUCGCGAGCAGUGGGAGGAGAUGCUUGAUAUCGUCAAGUGCAAGGUACUCAGCGUCAUUGAGAGUGACGAGGUGGACGCAUACCUGUUGUCGGAGAGUUCCAUGUUUGUAUUUCCACACAAGCUCAUCCUCAAGACGUGCGGGACAACGACCUUGCUCCUUGGCCUCGAGCGACUGCUCGAGAUCGCCUUCUCGGCCCUCUCGCCUCUGCUGCCGCACCUGACCACCAAGUUGCCUCGGCCUAAAUCGGCUUCCAGGUCGGAAGAAAGCACCGGCGAUCCCUCACUGCAGCGCGCACUGGGCUCCCUCGUAUCCCGCUGCUUCUACAGCCGCAAGUCCUUUAUGUUUCCCGAACGCCAAAAGGGCCCGCACAGGGAUUGGAUGACGGAGGUGGCGACGCUCGACGCCUUCUUUACCAAUGGAAGCGCAUACACGGUUGGCAAGAUGAAUGGGGACCACUGGUUGCUUUACAUGGCUGCCGACCAGGCGCAAGGAGAGGCAGGCGCGCGACUACGUCUGCGCCCACCACCGCCUGUCGCGCUUACGCAAGGGAUGCAACAGGGUCACGCGAAGCAAGCAGUGCAGGACCAGACACUCGAAAUUCUCAUGACAUCACUGUCACCGGCUUCCUGCGCGCGCUACUACUUUGCCGAUGACUCUUCCGCUGCCUCAGGCGGUGACGCUGCAGACGUUGCAGGGCUAGAAACUUCGACGCAGACAACAACGACGAGCAAAGGCCAGCGUCUGGGCGUCGCACUCGCCUCCCAGCUCGGUCUCACGAACUUGUUCGCGGAGACGCAUGUUGACGCAUUCGCUUUCGAGCCGUGUGGCUUUAGUGCCAAUGCAGUUGUCCUCAACCCCAACAGCAGUAAUAUUAGCGGCAACGGUGCUGAGGGACGCAUGGAUGGAUACUGGACGAUCCACAUCACGCCGGAAGAAGGGAGCAGUUACGCAUCAUUCGAGACGAAUGUUGUGCCCACGACUUCGUCGACAUCUGGCGCUCUGACUAAUGCUGCUGCCGAUGAACGGCCACAGGACCUGACGUCCCUCAUUAACCACGUCAUCUCCACCUUUGAGCCGGGGAAGAUGAGUAUCACCUUGUUCGUCAGCAACGAGAUGCACGCCGAGCGUGAGGUGGGUGAAGCAGACGCAGAAGAGCGAACCGCCGAUGCUGCUGCCGCAGCAUGGCAAGGCAACUCAUCCGUCCUUCACAAACUGCAAAUCAAAGGAUAUCAAAGGACCGAUCGCAUUGCGUACGAAUUCGAAAGGUACGAUCUCGUCUUUGUCAGCUUUGAGAAGGUCGUCGGCUAG